AUGCAGUUCUCUCACGCUUUGAUCGCUCUUGUUGCUGCCGGCUUGGCCAACGCUCAGCUCCCUGACGUUCCUGCUUGCUCGCUCAACUGCUUCGUCUCUGCCCUGACCAGCGAUGGAUGCUCGGGUCUGACUGACUUCGCCUGCCACUGCGCGAAGCCUCAACUGAUCUCCGACAUCACUCCUUGCGUUGAGAAGGCUUGCAAGGUCGCCGACCAAGCAUCCGUCUCGAAUGUUGUUGUCGCCCAAUGCUCCUCCGCCGGCGUCCCUAUCUCGCUCGCCCCAAUCCUGACCACCUCCGCCAGUGAGAGCACGUCUACUUCCAGCUCUGCUCCCACUUCGACCUCUGCUAGUGAGACUGUUACUGCGACUACUACUGAGACUAUGUCCAGCAGCGAGUCGUCCUCUGCCUCCGCUUCUGCCUCUGGCUCGAGCUCUGGCUCAAGCGGCACCACUGCGGCCCCCACUGGAUCCACCACUCCCAGCCCGGGCUCGGGCUCAACCCCUGCCGGCACUUCCACCCCGCUGGUUUCCAAGACUACCGGUGCCACUGGAGCUACCACCUCGCCCGCCUACAACGCCGGUGCCAAUGUCAAGGGUAACCUUGCUGGUGCUGCCGUCAUGGCUGCUGCCGCCGCUUACAUCCUGUAA